CUGCGGCUGCGGCUGCGCUAGAGCUUUGGGAUGCUGGCUCAGGGGCCGCUGCGCGGGGCGCUGCAGUUCUCUCCAGCGCCCCCACGAGGCCUUGGGCUGCAGCGCCCUUCCCAGAGCCGUUCGCCCAAUCCCAGCAAGUCGUUCUCUUUGCGAGUACGGCUGGAGGAGACCGGAGAGAUUUACCGGCUGUCCAGCUGCCACGGCGACACCACCGUGCGGGAGCUGAAGGAAGAGCUGGAUUUGAUGGCCGGGAUUCCUUUCCACUUCCAGUGCAUCUUGUACCUGGACCAAGGAAUUUUGAUGGACGAGUCCACAUUAGGGUUCCAUGAUGUUGUUCCUGGUGGAAUUCUUUCAAUGUGUAUUUGGCAUCAGGAUGGAUGGCAAGAACUUGUUUUGGCUGCAAUGGAAGGGGACACUAGUAAGCUAUCUUGUCUAGGUGUUACUGAAGAUUCUCUCUACAGAACUCCACAUUCUACACUUUUAAGAGCAGAGAAAUAUAAGGAAUGGAUAGCUGACAGAGCUUUUGUGGCUUUGUACAUUGCAACACAUAGAGGCCAUACUGAAGCUGUACGUUUUCUCCUAGAAAAUGGUGCUAAUUGUUUGGCCAAAACACCAGUGGGCAGAACCGCUCUUCAUGUUGCUGCAGCCAUGGGACACGUCAGCUGUAUAAAUCUACUUCUUGAUUAUGAUGCAGUUCUCAGUGAGAAGGACUUAAAGGGAGAAACGCCAAUUGAAAUAGCACGCCGCCUGAAGCGUAAGCAGAGCAUCCAGGCAUUCUGCAUGUAUCAGAUGAAGCUGAGAGCAGCAAAACUUGGAUCUUCCCAAUCAAAUCCUCAUCGGUCAGCUUCACUGCUCUUCUCGAAAGGGCAACAUAUAAAAUCUUGAGUCUCACUCUAAAGGUUUUGAAUGUCAGUGUUUACUUCAGGAAAUUUUAAAAGUUCAAUCCAAAGUGGUCCCAAUGAAAAAGUGGAAGCACCAUCAAAGACAAGUAGCAUUAAAGCAGAUAGAACCUCAGAGGCCACCUGCCUCCUCCCACUCCCUCAUUUUAUAGAUGAGGAAAUUGAGACUGAAAAAAAGUUGAGACUUGCCUAAUGUGACCCAGAUAUUUAGAGGCAACAUAAUGCAAAGAACAUCACAGAUGCAGUCACAGAUCUUGUUUUGAACCUCAGCCUUUACACUACUAGAUAAUUUGACCAUGGACAAGUCACUUAAACUUUCUGGCCCCCAGUUUCCUCCAAAUGGUACAGCAAUGAACCUUGUAUUAUGGAGAAGAAGGG